CGCCUGCACACCCCCAUGUACUUCUUCCUCCUCAACCUCUCCCUCCUCGACCUGGGCUGCAUCUCCACCACUCUCCCCAAAGCCAUGGCCAAUGCCCUCUGGGGCACCAGGGCCAUCUCCUACACAGGAUGUGCUGCUCAGGUCUUUUUCUUUCUCUUCUUCAUCUCGGCAGAAUGUUGCCUUCUCACCAUCAUGUCUUACGACCGCUACGUUGCCAUCUGCAAGCCCCUGCACUACAGGACCCUGGACCUGGUGGUGUCAUUUAUGUACUCAGUGAUGCCUCCAGCACUGAAUCCCCUCAUCUACGGCAUUAGGAACCAGGAGCUCAAGGGUGCCCUCAGGAAGAUACUCCAACAUACCCUGUUUCGCCAUCAGAAAUAUGUUCAUUAUGAUCUCAAGACUACAAAAAAUUUAGAAAAAGCCUGA